GAUCAAAUAGCAUAGAAAAAUAGAACAUUCUUUUCUCUAUCAGACUAUAUAAAAAGAAAGUUUCUUUAACCUUUCUAUAAGGGAUAAAAAUACCACUGCCACUACUUUUGGUAUGCCCUAAGUAUUUUUAAAUCGCUUAUGCAAUCUAAUUUUAAAUAAUAAUUCAUAAUGAUUUGGGAAUGUUGAUGUUAUAAUAUGUUAGAAUUUACGCACAGUAAUAAGACGCGCAUUUUGCAAUAGCAUAGCCACUUUGUGUUCUAAUACCAAGGAAUGGAGACUCUUUUAUGCCGUUUUCUACGGAAAAAAAAAUUUCAGGUCAUGACGUGUGACUCAACCUGACUUAACUGUAAAAAUUUUUGAUGAUUUGACUGUGACUUGGAAAACCCGUGACUUGCCCAGUUCUGUUCUAAAUAUGAAAAUAUACUAGAUUAGAUUGGCUCACAUUCUCGAAUAAGGUUCUAUUUUGAAUUUAAAAUAUUGUUUUUAUUGUUAGUACUUUAAGCGUAUAAAUAUUCGCUGUAGCCGUCAUGAAUCUAAAAUGUCAAUUAAGAAGUAGAAAAACAAUAUCAUAUUGGAAUUAUUAUGCAUAUAUGUAUAUAUUGCUAGAGAGAGCACACUGAAGAAGACAAAAAAUAAAAAAAGAAACUAAUAAGAACUACAAUUUAUAUCUUUGCGUUUUUUUUAAUAUUUCUAACCUCUUUUUUUUGUUGUGAGAGAUAUUUUUGUUUACUUCUAUGGAACAAAUAAAUUUUUAAAAUACUGAAAUAAAAAGGAAAAUUAUCAAUGAGGUACGUAUCAAUUUUAAUAUUUUGUACGAAAUGUCGUCUAACGGCUACGGCUGUUUUUCGUUAUCAUUUUCUGAAAAUCAUUGACAAUUUACUGUUUAUGCGAUUAGCUCAUACUUUCUGAUAUUUAUUUAUAAAAAUAAUUAACAUUCUAUUUUUUUUUUAUUUGUAGGUGGUGGUCGAACAUCAAAUAACGCAUCACGUACAACUACAAAAGUAUCGAUAAAUGAUCAAAAGCAAACAACAACAACAUCAAGUAAUACUACAAUUUCACAAACUGAUUCAAAUAUUAUUAACAAUAAUAGCAAACAAUCAAAUUAG